AUGGGAAACGCGCCACGGCCGGGCACCUGGGUCUUGGAAAAGUCGCUCGACGGCGAAAACUACGAACCUUGGCAGUUUUUCGCCAUGCAAGACGCCGAGUGCAUGCGCCAGUUUGGAAUGCCCGCCACGACUGGAGUGCCCCGAUUCCAGAGGGAUGAUGAGGUGAAAAAAAAACCCGAAAUGAAUGGAUCAUUUUUUUCCGUUAAUACUGUCAGUAGAAAACACUAUUAGGUGCUUUUAAAAUUUUCUAUAACGUCAAAUUUAGUGGAAACCAAAAGAAAAGACUCAAACGUCAUGGAGCAAAACGAAAAAAAAUUGAGAUUAGCUUACUGUAUUCGGAAAAGGCCGCAGAGCGUGUAUGCACUGAAGGCGUUUUAUCUCACGCGCACGCCUGCUUUUUAGAAGCAAUUUUUUCUUUUUUCUUUCGGUUCUACAGUUUUUCAUGAAUAGAAUUAUCAUUUUGCCUAUUUAAAAAUCUGUGAAGGCUAUUUCAAAUUUGCUAUCGUGGUUUCCUGGAGCCUCGAAAGUUUAUUGAAGGCUAUAUUAGUUUUUUUUUUCGGUUUUUCCCACUUUUUGUUCAAAACUGCGCUUAUUAGUUUUCGUUCAACUGUAAAUCGUCAUAUAAAAAAAUAUAUGUUUUAUCAUACGAAUACGCCUUUUUUUCUAUUAUGCCAAUAGACUUGAAUCGCAAUUUUCAGGUCCAUUGCACAAGUGAAUUCUCAAAGUUGACUCCUCUGGAAAAUGGUGAAGUCCACGUUUCCCUUGUCAAUGGCCGUCCGGGAGUGGAGAAGCCGUCGGCAGAGCUUCAGGUGACGUCACGAUGACAUAAUUAAUGACGUCAUUCCGUAUUCAGAAGUUCACGCGAGCCCGUUACGUCAGACUUCGAUUGAUCUCGCCGAGAACUUUGAAUGCUGAUCUCAUGAUUAUUAAUAGACAAAGUCAUCAGAUUGAUAAAUCUGUCACGAUGAGGUAAGAUUUUUGGAAAAAAAAUCCUUGGAGUUCCAUAGAUUUGUCAUAGAUUGUUUAUUCAGAAAACUCUCAAAAAUUUUUCCAAGUAGUUCAAAAAAUUUUUUUUUGGCAUUUAAUAGUAGAAUAUUUCUUAUUGAGGCACACAUUUUGCAAAACUAUUUUCAAACAAUUUUUUCAAUUUUUCAGAUAUUUCUACUCGAUCUCCGACAUUUCUAUCGGCGGCCAGUGUAUUUGUUACGGACACGCCGAAAGUUGCCCUAGUGAUCCGGUCACUGGAGUGAGUUUAUCUAUCCCUGAAUGGAACCAGAGGGUCACUUAAGUAAAAUUAUGGGAUCUGAUUCGAUUUUAAGCCAUAAAUAAGGUUUAUAAAUGCCAGGAAUUUCAGAAUUUUAUUUGAAAAAACUGAUAGAAAACCGGCAAAAAUCCUCUCGGCGAGGACUUGACUCGAUCCUAGGACCUUCCGACUCAUAGACCGCCCUUCUAACCACUCGACCAUUCAGCAAUUCAAAUGCGAAUGCCGUCACAACACCUGCGGCGAGUCGUGCAACCGCUGCUGUCCGCUCUUCAAUCAACUGCCCUGGAAACAAGGAACCAACUCGCAGCCCAACAUUUGCCAACGUGAGACAGCCUGAGCUAGUCUGAGCAACAAAUUGUAACUCUCAGAGUGCCAAUGCUUCAACCACGCGGAGAGCUGUGUCUACGACGAGGAACUCGACCGGAAUAAAUGGUCGAUCACGCCGGAGGGCGUCUACGAAGGCGGCGGUCGGUGUGUGGAUUGCAAGGUGGGAAUAACCUGCACAUCUAAGCGGAUUACUGUCGUUUCAGCACAAUACGGAGGGUUUCAACUGCGAGAGGUGCUCGGAUGGGUUCUACAGGCCUUCGGGAAUGUCUCACUAUCGGGAGGACGCAUGUCGGACUUGCGAUUGUGACCCUGUGGGGAGUCUGUCCGACGUCUGCAUCCGCGACGAUCAGAGCGCUCAGAAUGGACAGGUUGGUUGGAUUACAGUAUUCAGGGGGUUACUGUAGUCGAGGUUUUUUGAGAUUCAGGGGUUGCUGUGUGUAUUGUAAACUUGUCUAAUCUUUCAGGUUUUUAAAGCUCGAAAUUUGAGAAUAGUUGAGAGCGAGCAUGGGUUACGGUAUCGACAGGGUUACUGUAGUCGAGAUUCUUUGAGACUCAAGGCUUGCUGUGCGAAAUGUGGACUUUUCGAAAAAUGUUUUAUGUUUUUAAACCUCGAAUUUUAAAAAUAGUUCAGAGUUAGCAAGGGUUACGGUAUCGAGAGGUUUACUGUAGGCCCCAAGAGAAUUUCCUUUUUCUUUGAGACUCAAGGAUUGCUGUGCGAAUUGAGGACUUUUCUAAUCUUUUAUGUUUUUGAAGUUUAAAUUUUAAAUAUAGGUCAGAGUAAGCAAGGGUUACGGUAUCGAGAGGGUUACUGUAGGCUCCAAGAAAUUUUUCGAUAUUUAAAAAGCUUGAGGGCUGCUAUGUGAAUCCUAUAGUUUUCUAAUCUUUCAUGUUUUUAAGCUCGAAUUUCAAGAAUAGUUCAGAUUGAGCAUGAGCUACGGUAUCGAGAGGAUUACUGUAGUCGAGAUUCUUUGAGACUCAAGGGCUGCUCUGCGAAUUGUGGACUUUUCGAAAACUGUUUUAUGUUUUUAAACCUCGAAUUUGAAUAAUAGUUCAGAGAUAGCAAGGGUUACGGUAUCUAGAAGAUUACUGUACACUUCUGGUCACUUUUUAGGCAUGUUUGAAAGUUAGGAAUGCGGUUUUAAACUAUUUUAAAGUGAACGUCUAAAUGAGCGACCAGAGAGGUCAUAUGUUACGGUAGAAAAUUUUUUUGAAUAAUUUUCUUCGAUGUCAAAUUAGCGAUUGGAAAGAUAUACGGUACGAAAUUAAGAGGCUACUGUAGAUUUUUUUUUUCCCGAGCUUUUUCUAAAAUAUUAUAAUUUUAAAAAUUCAAGCUUUUCCUUCAAGAUUCGAUUUAUGUUGUUCUUUUUCCAAGUUUUCAUGGUUACUGUAGCUCUACCGUACCCCUUUACAGCAACCAGGCGACUGUGUCUGCAAGCCAGGCUUCGGCGGACGUCGCUGUGAGAGAUGUGCUCGCGGCUACCGUAACUAUCCGACUUGCGAACCGUGUCCCUGCAACCAAGCCGGAUCCAUCAAUUUCGACACCUGCGAGGAGGCCAGGUAAACCUACAGUAAGCUGGAGCUCGAAUAACCGGAUUAGUGUAGCUGCCAAUGCAAGGCCAACGUCGAGGGAGUUUACUGUGACCGUUGCAAAGAGGGAACGAUCCAUCUGAACGCGAACAAUCCCCUGGGAUGCCAGGCCUGCUUCUGUUUCGGACUGUCGACGAAUUGCUCGCAGGCCGAGUGGAACACGGCUCAGGUAAGGUUUUACAGGAUGAAAAUAGGGAAAACGAAAGUUUCAUGAGGUUAGAAGGGACUGGAACUUGGUAGUAAUCCCGAAUUUCCAGUUGAAAACCCCUGAUUUUAUGAGGUUUUUUGAACAAAUAUUUUGAUAGCUUUAUUUCGAAAAAUGAUCGAAUUUUGGUGUAAGGAGCGUCCUUAGAAAAUUGGCAAAAAUUCAAUUUCCUUGGCAGGAUUUGAACCUGAGACUUGUUGGAUGAUGGACAGGCUUCUUAGCCACUUGGCCAUCCUUAUUUGGUCUUUUUUUUUCUCUUAAAAUCACUGUUACAUUCGAAAAAACGCCAGUUUUCCAUUUUUCUAUUUUUCUAUUUUUAUUAAUGGCAAAAGGCUUCAUAGGACUUGAACUUGGUACCUUCUUGGUGCUAGAUUGAAGCUUCAGCCACUUGACUAUGCUUUGACGGAAUUUUAGAAAGAGCUAGUUUAUUUCUUGACCUAUUUUUUUCAAUUUGACAGCUUGAUUUUGAAAAAUGAUCGAAUUUCGGUGUAAAGAGGGUUCUUAGAAAAUUGGCAAAAAUUCAAUUUUCUUGGCAGGAUUCGAACCUGAGACUCGUUGGAUGAUGGACAGGCUUCUUAACCACUUAGCAAUUCUCAUUUGGUCUUUUUAGCUCUUUCAAAAGCACUGUUAUUUUCGAAAAAGCGCUAUUUUUAGAUUUAUCAAUUUGAAUAAAUGGCAAAAAAAAGCUCCAUAGGAUCCGAACCUGAGACUUGUUGAAUGAUGGGCAGGCUACUAAACCACUUAGCCAUCCUUAUUUGAUCUUUUUUUGCUCUUUUCAGGUCAUUGUUAUUUUCGAAAAAGCGCUUUUUUUGAUUAUCAAUUUGAAUUAAUGACAAAAAAGCUCCAUAGGACUCGAACCUGUGACCCUGCAACUUGAAAAUAUUAAGAUUUCCAACAACGUCGGCUGGAAUUUGACGGAUUUGACCGGAGGAAAAGACAUUCGACCCGAAACUGAAAAUGGCGAGGUUCAGUUUUUUUUUUCUUUUCGAAUAUUUGAUAACUGAUUUUUCAGGUCUUGAUGUUCAACGCAAAUCAAAACCAGGAUCGUUCUUUGUAUUUCUGGAAGGCGCCCGAGGCUUUCAAGGGCAAUAUGGUGAGGAACUAAUGGUUAACAUGAGCAAUACUGAGAAAAUCCGAUCUAGCUGAACAGCUACGGCGGCUAUCUGCAUUACUACGUCUACUACGUGCCGACGGACCAAGGCGCUACCGUACCCAUCGCCGAUCUUCUCAUUGAGGUAUACUGUAGGGAUGUCUACCGUACCUACCUGUUUUUUGUUUUGGAACAUAGAGAAGCGUUAAAAAUCGAUAAAAAGUUUUUUUUUCUGAGCUUUAAGUUACGGAAUUUUUGUCUCUGAAAAAUAUUUUUUUCGAUUUUUUUUUUCACUCAUUCUCAGAAGUGAUAGGAAAUAACUUAAAAUGGAUAGAUUGAAAAAAAAAAUUUCAGGGAAACGGGAUAAAAAUUGAAUAUUAUUCGAGAAUCGAAUUCCUACCCCGGGAGAACAUGACCGUCGCCAUCCCGAUUCGGUAAAUUCUUUUUGAAUUUCUUCAGAUUUUUUUUCUGGUUGUAGUUGAAUUUAAUGGAAAAAAGCUGGACCAAAAAAUGAACUUUUCAUUUUUCAGAGAAGGAUCCGGCUGGUACAACGCGGCCACACGGAUGCCAGUCGAUAAGGCGGAUCUGAUGAGAGCUUUGGCCAGAGUCGAGAAAUUCCUCGUCAGAGCCAUGUACCAGCAGCUCCAGCUUCAGAGCAGGUCUGUUUCUGACGAAAUUUCCUGCGACCGACCCCGCGCGGCUUGCGCAAACUUGUAUUUGAAGGUAGAUUAGGGCGAUUUGAAACAGGACAAAGUUCAGACAAAAUUUAUUUUUUGAAAAAUCAACUGGAAAAUUUGAGUCAAAUGGGCUAGCUUAUUACAUAUUUCGCUCAGUUUUUUUAUUGGAGAAUAUUUUAAUUUAAGAUUUUUCACGUUCUGCAAGAUUUUUCACGAUAGAUUAAAAAUUAAAAUUAAUAUCCGCGUGUAUUAUUUAAAAAAAAUAUCUGUUGAUUAUAAUUGUUGAAAAAAAACUUCUCUAGAAAUGUUUGAGUUAUGAAUCAAACUAUAAACUAUUAACGACAUGAAUUGCUUCAAAAUGACACAUAUUUUAUUUUUAUAUAGGACUUAGGAUCUAGAAAAAUUCAGCUGUAAACGAUGUUUUCAUUUUUUUUUUCUUCAACAUAUACAUUCCAUUUCCAAUAAAUCAAUCAGUCAAUCAUUUUUUUCAUGAAUUUGAUCGGUUAGGCGGAGAUCAAGCAAAUUUGUAGCCGUAUUGGCCUUUGGGGAAUUAGAAGUCUAAACGUGUAGCUGAUCAAGUGGAAAGCAGAGUCAUAACGCCCGUUCUUCUGCGCGUAGUACCUUAAGUUACCUCUUAAAGAGUUCAGAAUAUAGCUGGUGCCCGAAGACCUUGCCCUGGGAACCCUAUAAGGACCACUUCAAGUGAAGACUUAGUUUAAAAAAAAUCAUUUUUCUUGUCAGCAUCUUUGGCCUCUCGUUGGACAGCGCCGUGCCGGCCCCCGCCGUCAUCACCACUUCUGAUGACGUCUUCCAGCCGACCGCCGCCGACACCCUCAUGAGAGGCGUCGAAGUCUGCACUUGCCCCGAAAAUCUCGCCGGAAACAGUUGCGAGGUCCGAGAAGUCUUGUGUCAGAAUUGGUGGUAAACGGCGUUUUUGCAAUGCGAAUAAAAAAGGGCGGAGUCUAAACCUCCGCCGUUCCCACGUGACGUCAUGGGAACGGCAGAGAUUUCGGCUCAAGGAUAUAUUAAAGACGCAGGCGGCCACAUUGCCAGAGGUCUUUGAGACGAAUCGAAUUCUCGCUACAUAAACGCAAAUUUUUCUGCGCGAACUCUACGAAGCGUGCACGGUGCGAGCACUGAUUUUGCACUUUUUUGCUGCACGGUGCAUGUUGUCGUUUUGCUACUCGAUUUAGGCCUUUUCUUUCUCCAUAAUCCGACUUUUCUAACGAAAAAAAGCAUUACUAAAACGAAAAAAAAAAUAUAAAUAACAUGUAGAACUGAGAGAAAUGGACUGAAUUGACAGGAUUUCGAAUACCCAAUUUUCUGAUUCGGAGUGUCAGCACCGUGCGGUGUUGCACCUCAUGCGCACUGAAAAAGACUCAAAGCUGCGAGGUGCAAAACGACAACAUGAACCGUGCAACAAAAAAAGUGCGAAAUCAGUGCUCGCACCGUGCACGCUUCUUGUAGAGGACGUCGUAGUGCUUGCCCACGAUACACCACAUCUUACGGAGAGAAAAACGCCGAGAAAAAACAACUAAAAUAAAACCAAUAAAAAAUUCGUGUAGGUUAAAUUAGUCUUCUUCGAUCUUUUUAAACCUUUUUUUUGGGUUCUUCAUAGCUAGUACUGUUGCUUCAGUAUGUCUAGACCUAAAAUUCUUGCAAAAAUUGAAAAAACGAAUCAGAAGGACUCCGUAUUAAAACGACUGUAAAUUUUUUUGAACAUUUUUCUACCAAUGUUGAAUUGGUAGAAACACUUGAAAUGAAAUGAAAUGAAAAUUGGCUGGUGACUUCAAGAAAAUGAUGAUAUUUUUGAAGUUUCAAUGGAGUAUUUACCGUUAUAAAGCCCUCAAAAAAGCGAAUUUUGUCUGGAAUAACUCUAGAAACGAAAAAAAAAAAUCGAUACAAAUCUCUAAACCUUAUGGAUCGUCUCUGAAUGCUGUAUAAACUUAAAAACUUGAUGAAAAAAAGGAAAAUAUUUAGAGUUGCGUGAAAGGCUACCGACGAGUCAACGACCAGCUGUACGGUGGAAGAUGUGAAAAGUGCAACUGCCAGGGUCAUUCGGAAGAAUGCGACCCUUUCACUGGCGAGUGUCUCAAUUGCCAGGUAUCCUUUAGAUUCUUACAAAAAGUCGAUAUUUCCAUUGAAAAAAGCUCUGUUUUUGCUUCUAGAAGCUUUUGGAUUCACAAAAAGGGGCAUGUUUUAUAGGAAUUUUGAGAAUUUGAAAUUUGGAACUUGGUUCUUUUUGUUGGCGAGUGUCUCAAUUGCCAGGUAUCCUUCAGACUUUCCAAAAAAUCAAUGUUUUCAUUGAAAAGAGCUCAAUUUUAGCUUCUAGAAGCCAAAAAAGGGGCAUGUUUCAAGCUAGUUUUGAAAAUUAAAAGUUAAAAAAAUUGUUCCCUUCACUGGCCAAUAUCUAAAUUUUCAGGUCCCAUAAUGAUUCAUUAGCAAAAAAAUUUUUUUCAAUUUCCUAAAAACUCAAGAAAAAAAGCCGAUUUUUCCAGCACAACACGACCGGAGGAAGGUGCGAACUUUGCUCGCCUGGACACUACGGUAACCCGAGCUUGGGCGGCGAGUUGGGCGCCUGUUUCCCCUGCGAAUGUCCUCUGCUGCACAAUUCCCAUUCCAAGCAGUGCAUGAUGACCGAGGUUUGAUCUUUUCCUAUAUAGUCUAUAUUCCACGACUUGAAAUUUCACGGAACGACAUUCCACAUUCCGCUGUUCCGCUGCGUGCGUUCGCGAAGCGUCUUUCGAAUCUAGGUCACACUAUCAAUUGAUUGAUAUUGCUGUGGGAGCACAUGAAAGUAGAAAAAAAAAAAACGCGACCGAGGUUCGCAAAGGCGCGCAGCGGAUUGUCGUUCCGUGAAAUUCCAAGUCGUGGUACACAGACUAUACCUCGAUAAGGCAAACCGGACGCGCUCCGAACGUUUCUGAGCGUGUGUAGUGACCACUUAAGAGGGCUGACACCGUUAAAGUGGUCACUAGAAAUUCUCCGUUCCAAGGUCCCAGUAAUUUUUUCUAACUUUCCUCUUUUUCUGAAAAAUGAAAAUAGUUGACUUUUUGUGGCGUUCUCACACAUCUUUCAAAGUUUUAGUUUUCAAUAAAAUAAUUCAAAGUUGAAUGAGUAAACCUUAAAAUUUUGAUCUGAGUGAUUUGAGGAGCUAUUUUAUUCUUCCGACUCGAAAAUCUCUGUUCAAAUCGAUUUUUCCUCUUUAAAUGGUCAUUUUCGCUAGAGCGUACUUCGCAAAUGGCUAUUUUUCCCAUGAAGUAUUCUUUUCCCAAAGAAUAACCGAAAAAAAUUCCAGUUGAUCGUUUCCGGAGCCGCGGCGGCGAAUGAAGACGACUACGUCUGCACGGCCUGCGAUCGUGGCUACGAGGGGAAUAAAUGCGAAGUGUUCGUUUUUAUUGAUUUUUGACUUGCCAAACAUGGAAAAUUGAAAACUGAAGUAGCGGCAGAAAUUUUGAGAAUAUAAGGAAAUAAUUUCAUCUUCCCAAAGAUGCAGUGUCGUUUGAGAUCGAGACGAGAAAAAAUCCCAGAAAUUUUCACUUUCCAGGUGCUCCGACGGAUUUUUCGGCAAUCCUAUCGAUGAAAAUGGCAACGGAAGCUGUGUCGAGUGCAAUUGUAAUGGUAAUUUUGGAAGAUUUUCUGAUAAAUUGGUCACAUUUGGAAUGGAUUGAAGUAUUUUUCGAGAGUUUGGAGCAAAUUCAAAAAAAAAAUCUUGUGGAUUGAGCCAUUCCAAAUGCGACCCUGAAGCUCAAUGAAGUUUUUCUGAUUUUUUAGCGGGUCUGCCGCGCUUGGAAUGGCUCAUUGCACUUUAGUUGGCGCUGCGCAUGCGAAAACCACGUCUAGUCGGGCGCAACAUGAGCCAUUCCAAACGCGAUCGUUCAUCAUGCCGUCAAAAAACUGGAAUGUAUACUCAUACUUCUGAAGUCGUUUUUGGAAAUUUGAAAUGAGUUUCGACAAGAUUAUUGUGCCUUGAGCCAUUCCAAAUGCGACCCUGAAGCUCAAUGAAGUAAUUCUGACUUUUUUCCGGGUCGGCCGCACUUGGUAUGGCUCAUUGCAUUUUUGCAUUUUUUGUGGAUGCGAAAACCACGUCUAGUCGGGCGCAACAUGAGCCAUUCCAAAAGCGACCGUUUAUCAUUCCGACGAAAAACUGGAAUGUAUACUCAUACUUCUGAAGUCGUUUUUGGAAAUUUGAAAUGAGUUUCGGCAAGAUUAUUGUGGAUUGAGCCAUUCCAAAUGCGGCCCUGAAGUUCAAUAAAGUAAUUCUGACUUUUUGACGGGUUCGCCGCGCGUUGAAUGGCUCAUUGCACUCUACUUUGCGAUGCGCUUGCGAAAAUCACUUCUAGUCGGGCGCAACAUGAGCCAUUCCAAAUGCGACCGUUUAUCAAGCCGACAAGAGAAUUUUUUUCAGGAAACAUUGACCCGAUGGAAAUCGGAAAUUGUGACACGAAAACGGGAGUUUGUUUGAAAUGCACGGGGCAUACCUCUGGCGAUCAUUGCGAGGUUCAUAUUUUCGUAUUUAUCCCAUUUCUGGAAGUUUAUUUUGAAACUGGAGGAAGUUAUAGUGAUUUUGAGCAUUUCGUGUCAAAAAAGCUAUGGGAAAAUCUUUGAAAAACAUUUUUUAACUCAAGUUUUUAUUUUUCUAGGGUACUCAAACUUGAAAAUGUGAAAUAAGGGCUUUUUAUAAACUCUGAGGGAUCAGAAAACGUUCCUAGCCUCAUAGCCUAUUGGCUAAGCGUUCUAGUUACGAAGUUGGAGACGCUGGUUCAAUCCCCUUCGCGUCAAACCUUUUUUGCAGAAUUGAAAUUUUCCAGAUCUGCAAGGAGAAUCACUACGGAUCCGCCCAACAACACACUUGUAAGCCCUGCGGAUGUCAUCAUCAAGGUUCAUUUUUGAUAAACUUAAGAGGACGUUUUUAAAAUGCGGACGCUUUUUGAAUUUAAUAGUCUAGGCUUUCAGCAAAUUAAAAAUUUCAAUUUAUUCAAAUAGUUAUUGAUAAGGUUUGUUAUAGAUUCAAAAAGAUUUCUUGGUUUGAAUUUUUUUAAAAAAAGGUCAGGUUAAGUAGUUAUUUUUUUAAUAAAACGAAAGUUUCACUAUUCAAUAUUCCGAUUAUAAACUCCUAAUAGGCUCGACGAAACAGCAAUGUGAUGAGUUCGAAGGCGACUGUGAGUGCAAGGAAAACUACGUCGGCAAGCAGUGCGAUCGCUGCAAGGUUUGUAUGUUUUUCUCAGGAUUUGAGAAUAAAUUAAUCAUCCAAGCGCGAGAAACUGCGCUCCAACGAACAAUGGUUUUGUUUGGCUGGGCACGCCUCUUUUGAGACUUUUUGAAGAGCGUAGAAUUUUUUUGAGGCUACAAAACGAAACCAGGGAUCGCUUUAAAAAAUUCGGGAAAAUGGAAAAAUAUAGAUUCUAUUAGAAAUAUUUUUUUCAAGCCAAUCUGAAUCGAAAAAAUAGCAUUUAGAGACUAAUAACAGCUCUUAAAAGGAAGAAAAAGCUAGAGAACAAUGGUCGCUUGAAGAGACGCCAGAGAAACGAGAGUCCUUUCUAUCUCUGCCUUUUGUCUCUUUUUUGGACUCCCCCAAAUUUCGCUCCCAGGACGGACAUGGAGACGUCGAGAAUGGCUGCCCCUCCUGCGAAUGUGACGUCAUCGGAAGCCUCGGCGAGGAGUGCGACCAGGUCAGCGGGCAGUGCAACUGCAAGCAGGGCGUCUUCGGAAAGGUUCGUUUCGAGACUCGAUUCGUCAAUCAUAGUCGUGCGCCUUUAAUAAGAAGCUUUAAAAAUUGCUCUUUUCUCAGAACUUGACAAUCUUGAUGUUAUAUAAGCCAGAAUAACGUUUCAGUCAUUUUUUUCAGCGCUGCGAUCAAUGUCGACCCUCGUAUUUCAAUUUCACGGAAGCUGGCUGCCAAUUCUGCCAUUGUAACAUCUAUGGAAGUAUCGAGGAUGGAAAGGUUUCAUAGUCCAUCCAUACCGGGCUUGGGACAAAAAAUAUAGAUUCUCUAUGUUCUUCUAUACUCAAGCUGUAUACAGAUAAAGAAGUUACUUUGUCCCAAGCCGCGACGCGUCGUCUCAAGCGUUGCGGUUCCCAUGACGUCAUUUUGUUCCAGUGCGACAAUGUGACGGGAAAAUGCGAGUGCCGCGAGAACGUCGAAGGAACGAUGUGCGAGAAGUGCGCCGAGGGAUUCUUCAACAUUUCCAGCGGCGAUGGAUGUCAGGUAUGUGGAAUGGCUAUCUGCACCCGACUUCGAAUGGGUUUCGCCAAUCGGCAUCCAGGACGGAAGCAGUCUAAUAUGAUCAAUUCAUUGUUACGUUUUGAGGAAUGCGGCUGUGACGUCACCGGGUCGGAAGGCGUCUCCUGCCACCUCGUUACCGGUCAGUGUGUCUGCAAACCUGGAGUGACUGGCCAGAAGUGCGACCAGUGUCUGCCCAAUUACUACGGAUUGGAUGCCGAAGGGUGUACUCGUAAGUUUUCUGGACCGACUUGUGACGGUCGGACGCCGUUUCACAUCCUUUGAUCCACUUAUUUUGAAUCCUUUUUUUGCAGAAUGCGAGCCUUGUCCAGCUCCUGGCCAAGUCUGCGACCCCGUCGACGGUAGCUGCGUCUGCCCGCCCAACACUGUCGGUGAAAUGUGCGAGAACUGUACGGACAACGCCUGGGACUACCAUCCCCUGAAGGGCUGUCGUCUCUGCGAAUGUUCUGAAGUCGGAAGUGCCGGUGGGAAGUGCGACACGAGGACGGGACAGGUGAGAAAUUGAGCUUCAGGUGGUUCAGGUUGAGAAGACUUUGAAUAGGGUGAUUAGAAGCUUUUGAAAUAAAACAAUUAAGUUUUCUGGUUCUCCAGUAAUCUCCUACAGAGGCAAAGUCGGAAAGGGUGGAAAAGGUUCCAUAAAAAUGUUCAUUUUAGGGUGAUAAAGGCUCCUUUUCUGAUGCCUUUUUGCGCCAUUUUCUCGGCCUUUAUGCACCAUUUUUGCUGCCUUUUUUUUACCAUUUCUCGCGCCUUUAAAAUCUCAGAAAAUUGGAAGGCUCGGUUAAAAGAAUUCUUUUUGCGGCCUUUCUGAGGCCUUUCUGCGGCAUUUUUUGAGCCUCUCCUAAGCCAUCAUCCACCGUUCCGACUUUGCCCGAGUAGAGAAGUUGGUGAAGGUUUCGUACUACGUCGUAAAUCCUUUUUACUACUUGAAUAAUUAGAGAAACUUCAAAAAUAAAAUUAAUAAUAAUAGGUAAUAAUAGGGACUUUGUGAGCCUUAAAAAAAGUGGUCGCAUUGUAUAAUGCGUCCGCCGCGAAUUGUAUUUUUUGGCGUGUCCAUGUUCCCUCACCGGCGAGGUCAGAGAAUUAUGGAAAUAGCACGUAAACAUGAGAGGGACGUCGAGAGAUAAGAAGGGCGCAGAGAAGUCCUGUUUCUUUCCAGUCGCUAAAAAUGGAGUACAUAAAAGUUCGGAGUUUUCAAGGGCAGUUUUAGUCUGCGAAGCAUGAUUUUUCCACUCGAAACACUUUUCAGAGCCAUCCAGAAGUCAUGAAACUCAAAGAGAAAUCAGAAGAUUAAUUGGAAAAUUUCAGUGCAAGUGCAAAAACGAGUACGUCGGCCUGAAAUGCGACCGCUGCACCCACGGCUUCUUCAACUUCCCGACCUGUGAGCCGUGCGGCUGCGACUCGCGUGGAACGGAUCCGCUUCAGUGCAAAGAUGGCCUUUGUCUGUGUGAUGACAAGGGAACUUGUCCUUGUAAGGUAUGUAUACAAUUGUUCGAGAUUUUUGUUCCAACUUCUAGUCACGGUUUUUUUACUGGUUGAGUAACAUGAGGAACUAAAAACACGGUUGGCUCCCUCGUGACGUCAUAGGAAAGACAGAGAUUCCAGCUUUAAAAGCGUAAAAACAAGGCAUAUUAAAGGCGCAGGCCUCUUGAAAUAUUAAAGGCGCAGUUAACAUUUAAAGGCGCAUGCCGCAUUAUCAGAGGUAUUUGAGAAGAAUUUCUACAUAAACCCAAAUUUUUCUGCGCGAAAGCGACGCAGUGUAUGCACACGACACACCAUACUUUACGGAGAAUCGUCGGAAAAAACACUUCAGUCAAUCUUUAUAUCAAUUUUUUGUCUACGGUUUCCCACAUUAUAUCCAGCAAAAAUUAUAUUUAUUUUUGUUGUUUAAAGAAUACUUCAUGACGACUUUCUAUCGUCUUCAAAUGAUCGGACUUUCCAGAAAAACGUGAAAGGAGAAAAAUGCGACGAGUGCGCCGAAGGGACCUUCAGCCUCGACGGAAACAAUCUCAAGGGCUGCACCGAGUGUUUUUUUGCUUCAAUCGGUUCGUUUUGAAUAGGUUCAAAAAAAUUUUUGGAAUUUUUUUGAAGAUUUUUUUAUACAACUUCGAAAAAGAAGAACUUCAAACUUGUUAAAAUUGAAAAAAUGGUUCAAAAUAUUUUUUCCUUGCAAAAAACACGAAAACGAGAGAACAGUGGCGGCCCAAAGAGACACCAGAGAAAAAGGAACUGUCAGCUUUUCUGGCUUCUCUUCAGGCCCCUCCCCAACAAAAACUUGAAAUUUUGAAUUUUCCAGAACAGAAACUUGCACCCAAUCCUCUCUGGUCUGGCAGCAAAUUUACGCCGAAGAUCGACGCGCGAUUUUCGAAGAGCCCUGGGAAUAUUACACGAAACGGCACAAUAUCAACUUGCUCAAGGUAGUUUCAAUGUCUCUUUUGAAAAAAAGCGGCUCGAAAUGAAGGAUUUUCGAGGUUUUCAGGCUUUCCCUUAUUUUUUGAUAACGCUUGAGUGAAAAUUUCAGAUUUCGAGGCCUUAUUUUCAGCUUCUGUCACUCUUAGCUGUUACAUUGCUGAAGAUCUAAAUUUCGCUCAUUCUACAGUAUUAUCAAGUGUUACUGUAGCUUUUCGUUGCAGGAGACCCCAUCGCAGUACAAUAGCUACCCUACAGACGCCACACCACUCUACUGGCCACUUCCGAAAAUGUUCCUCGGCGACCGGACCACCAGCUACAAUGGAUUCCUGAGGUUCAAGGUAUGCGAGCCUCCUUAGCUCAGUUGGUAGAGCGUUAGACUUUUAAUCUAACGGUCAGGGGUUCGAGUCCCCUAGGUGGCUGAAAGUUUUUGCCUUUUUUGCUUGACCUUUACUGGGUUUAACACGUACUUUAGUUAUAUUUUAAGUUUAUAUUUUUGUAUAAAGUGACUUUUUCAAAACAAUUUUUCAUAACUUAUAUGUUUUAUAGGAGGAGGACUGAAUUUAUUGCAUUAUUUUAGUUUCAUACCUUUUUGAUGAACUUUUUUCUUAAUUUUUCACUUUUUUUCUUCCUUAUUGCAUUGAUUUGAAAGCUUGUAUAUAUUAUUUAGAGAUUUAAUUUCAUGAUUUCAAGAUUUGGAACGAGGACAAUCGCCGCGGCUCACAUGGAAUCCGGCCAGAUCAGCAAUAUUUCCGCUAUUUCCCACAAAUCGUCCUCGUCGGAAAUAUGAGAAUGGAGCUGGAGCACAUCCCCUAUGACAUCAAGGACGAUGGAAAGUAUAAGGUGAGGGGAAACGAUCAAAAUUUCAAAGAAAAUGACAAAAAUUCAGGUUCGAAUCCACGAAUCGGAAUGGCGAGUGAGACAUUCGCCGGAGCUUUCCCUGACCCGGAAGCAGUUGAUGAUCGCCCUGCAAAACGUCCAAGGCAUCUAUAUCCGUGGAAGCUACAACUAUCCGGCGCGAGGCGAUGCGAUCAACUUGGAAGAGGUUUGAAGGCGCAUUUUCUCGAAAAACUUGCCGAAAAUGACGUCACUUCUUGAUGACGUCAAGACGACGUCAAGAAGGCGUCACUCCUUGAUGACGUCAAGACGACGUCACUUCUUGAAGACGUCAUGAAAAACGUUACUUCUUGAUCACGUCAAGAUGGCGUCACUUCUUGAAGACGUCAAGAAAAACGUUACUUCUUGAUCACGUCAAGACGGCGUCCCUUCUUGAAGACGUCAAGACGGCGUCACUUCUUAAUCACGUCUAGACGACGUAACUUCUUGAAGACGUCAAGAAAACGUCACUUCUUGAAGACGUCAAAACGGCGUCACUUCUUGAUGACGUCAAGACGACGUCACUUCUUGAAGACGUCAUGAAAAACGUUACUUCUUGAUCACGUCAAGAUGGCGUCACUUCUUGAAGACGUCAAGAAAAACGUCACUUCUUGAAGACGUCAAGACGGCGUCACUUCUUAAUCACGUCUAGACGACGUAACUUCUUGAAGACGUCAAGAAAACGUCACUUCUUGAAGACGUCAAAACGGCGUCACUUCUUGAUGACGUCAAGACGACGUUACUUCUUGAUCACGUCAAGACGACGUCACUUCUUAUGAAGCUUAACUUCAUCCUUGGUAAUUAAGGUCUCCCUCGACGUCGCGGUCCCUCCUUCGAACUCCUCCGUGUCCGGACUCACGACGGCUUCCGCCAUCGGAGUAGAACAGUGCACAGGCUGUCCUCAAGGCUACGACGGCCUUUCGUGUCAGAACCCUGCUGAAGGCUACUGUAGGAAGCGACAUCGGUAAGAUCUUUCUCAGUGGAGACGCCUUAAGUGAUCCCUUCAGGGACUACCUUAACUCGCCGGACGAUCUGGCGCUCCUUGGCUGGUCGGACGCCUGCGCGUGUCAUGGACAUUCGGCGACUUGUCAUCCGGAAACUUGCGUCUGUUUGGUUAGUUAUAGUCAUCAUUUUCAGAAUAUUAGUUAUUUAAGAUUUAAAGAAAAAUAGUAUAAAGUUAGUUUUAUAACAAAUUUCGUCGCUUUGAACGAAAAGAUAUAUGAUAUAGAUAACAGAUUUUUUUGAGAUUUUUUUAUGUAUAAGAAAGUUAUUUCACCAUACGAAGACCAAACAUGAGAGAAUUCUCAAAACUCGGGAAAUGUUGGAUUUGGAACCUUGUUAAUCAUAUAUUAUUUGUUUAUAAAGGUUUUAAGGGCCCUAAUUUUUCGUCCGAAAGAUUAUAGUGAACUUCUUGGUUUUUUGAGAUAGGUCUCGAAAAUUUAUUGGGACAUUUUUGCUUCAAAAAAAAAAAAACAGUUCGAACAAUCUUGCUUGUAUGAUGACCCAAAAUUCUGUGGCGGAAAUAAAUUCGGGAGCAGGGUAGUAUCGAAAGUUGUAGGAAGUGUUUGAAAAAUAUUCAUGAUGAAACGGCAACCUAAACUUGCUGGAAACUAGUUUUUGAACUAAAAUUGGACUUUGAGCAGUUUUUUGUUCCGAAAAAGGAAAUAAGGUUUUUCUCAGGACUGUGAGCACAACACUCACGGGGAGUUCUGUGAGCAGUGCCUGCCUGGAUUCAUCGGAGACGCCCGCGAAGGCGGAGCCAACGCUUGUACCAAGUGCGCCUGUCCCCUCAUUGACAACUCUUUCAGGUAUUUUCUGUUUUGAACGAAAUCGAAUGUAUAGCUGAUUCACGGCUGGCUUGAGCCGUCGUAAAAAAAGGUCCUGACACGAUUAGAAACGAGACAGUGCCUGGUGGGUGGAGAGCGCAGACAGGCUAGCCGUGAAUCGGCUAUACUUACAAAGAAAAAAUUGGGUAGCGUCAAUUGUGGCGUUUAGUACGCAAGCACUGAACUUGCCAAGCUUUUGCCUUAUCUAAUAUUUUUUGAAUAACCUGUACUUGUAAAUAUUCUUUUCUUUCUUAGCACUAUCAUUUCGAUUUCAGUGACUCUUGCGUCGCAGUGGAUUACGGUAGAGGGUAUGUCUGCAAUGGCUGCAAGCCUGGAUAUACUGGACAGUACUGCGAAAGGUAUCCUUUUUUGGGCCUAUGAAGUAUAACCAUAACCGUCUUUUCACUUCUCCCGUGAAGUUGUUUCAAGUCGGGAAAAUAAAUAGCCCCAUUUCAGCUGCAUCGCUGGCUACUUUGGCGACCCGUCGCACGUCGGUGGCUUCUGCGAGACUUGCGGAUGCCAUCCGGACGGCUCCCUCCAUGGGGCCUGCAAUCCGCUCACCGGCCAGUGUGAAUGUCGUCCCGGCGUGACUGGCCGCGACUGCAGUCGCUGUCAGGAGCGACACGCCUUCAUUGGAGGCGUCUGCACUUGUGAGCUCUUUUUUCAGAACACUUGCGCUCCAUGGAUAAUUUAUCUCGAUUUUUUCCUCAACUGGCUCAUAGAACCCUUCUCAUGGGGAAUAGUCUUACUAGAAGGAUUUUAGGCUCUGAGUCCGAAUCUGGGCUCAAAAAUUGCCUGGGAGAAGUUAUGAAAGUUCAAUUUUUCAGAAUAGAAAUUUUUUCGGUUCUGCUCAUUUAGGAUGGCAGGUAGAAAAUGUGAUUUUCUUUCUCAGGUUCUCAAGAUUUUCUUUAACAUUUCAGCUCGUUUUGAAAAAUCAAAUCAUUUUCAAAGAUCAGGAGCAGUUUUGAGGAAAAAAAAAUGAACACCUAGGUAACCUAAAGUGGCCACUAUAAGCUUAAGAAUAUUCCCAAGAGCAAUUUUUCCAGCCUGCGACCAGGGCUGUUACCUGCCGCUGAUGUUGAUGGUCGACGACCUGGAAACGACUCUGGCAAAUCAGAAUUUCUCAAAUUUGAAGCCGAUCCCUUGGAAGAGGGUCGCUCGAAUCGGAAACAAUACUGAACGUUUGUGUCUUUUUUCACGAUUUUGUGAUAAAAAAGACAUUUUUUUUAGUUCUGUUGGAGUUUGUCAACGGUAUCGGCCAUGAUAAAAAUGAACUCGUCAAGGACAGCAAGUACGCCAAGGAAGCCUUCAAUGUCGUUGAGGAGGUACUUGGGAAGUCCAGAGUGGUCCCUAUAGGGGUUAGGGGCCGGAAAACUAGUCCCUAAAGGGGUAAAAUUAAAGUGGUCUCUAUAGGGGUAAAGUUAAGGUGGUCCCUAUAGUGAUUAUUGCGUUUUUUUGUAUUUUUAUGUUACUUAGGAAGUCCAGAGUGGUCCCUAUAGGGGUUACGAGCCGAAAAAUUAGUCCCUAAAGGGGUAAAAUUAAGGUGCUCUCUAUAGGGAUUCAAGGUCUGACCCCUUAGCUCUUAAAUAUCAAGUGGACCCUAUAGGGGUCUUUCAAUUUCAUCCAAACGCUUAUUUAGUCACUUUUCCUCAUGAAAAUGCUUUGCUUGGAGUUCAUAACAAUCCCUAUCCCCUAUAGGGACCAUUUCUGCGAGAUUUAGAGGCCCCUAUAGGGGUUGGUAAAGUGGAUUCUCCAAGGGCUUUGAGGUUGCCCCUAUAGGGACCACUCUGGAGUUCCAUAUUGACAAUGAAGUGGGAAUGGAAAAGUAGUGAAAAUUCGAGAACCUUGAAUUUUCCAAGUUGCAAUUUUUAAUGUUCAAAAGUAAGAUUUCUACGCUUCGAAAAACUGAAUUUAUCCGGCAGUGGUCGCACUUGGAAUGGCUAAAAUUUCAGCUCAAAUUGGGGCAAAAGAACAAAUUUUCAGGCCAAAUUCCAAAUGGGCCGAGCCAACAAGUCGAGAACUUCCCUGCAACAGUUCACGAAACUGGUCGAAGACCUCGUUGUCGAUGUUCAGCUGAAUUAUGCCAACGCGUUCAACACCACCAACUUCCUCAAGCAGUUCCACAUGGUUUUCCCCUGAAAAAGCGGUUGAAGAAAAUAACUUUUUCAGCACGGAAUGACGACUGUCGGCGGAGCGGCUCUCGACGCAAUGCUUAUGGAGGCUGACGCUCACCAUAAUGCGACCUUGGACCGCGGAGAGUACAUCGAGAAACGACAUAACCGCGCCGAACAAGAACACAAGUCCGUUUCUGCUCCACCAUACAUGGGCAGACCAUUUUUAAAGGCCCUCCGACCUUUGCUUCCAAGAUUUUUUAAAUUAACAUUAAUACCAUCUCCCUGAGGCUAGGAAUUCCAUCGUGUGGUCAAAACUAUCUUCCUGGGGCUGAAACUCCGGGCUAAAUGAGUUCUCAACUUCCCCAUCUAUGUUCCGGUCCAUAAAAGGCUGAUCUUGGUUUCUUUCGAGCUUCUGUGGCUUAGCCAUCAAACUUGCCCCUUCCCCUUCUGAAAACGUCUGGUUUUCCCGUCGAAAUUACGUCUUUUUGAGCAUUAGAUGAUAAGCCUACUAGUUAGACCCAAGAGGGAGUUUUAUAAAUUUAAAAAAGAGUAGGACAUGCUUUACUAGCAACUUUCCCUAUUUCAAUCGCUUUCAAAAUGUCUUGAACUUCCCACAAUCUCCCUUCGAGUUCAGGAAAGCCGAUGAACUGCUGAAACGUGUUUUCGCCAACAAACUCAACGACACCGUUUUUGAAAACUUGAAAACGCGAAUCGACGAUUUCGAAGAAUGGCUUCAGGCCUACAGGUUGGAGAUAAAAUCUCCACUUCCUUGAAAAUACAUUUCCAGAGAGACCAUCUAUGAUAACGCUAAGAAGGACACUGUGGAAGCCGAAAGAAUGAGCAAUAUCGUUGGAAAAAGAAUCGAUCGAUAUAAGGUGAGUGGACGGGGGUUGAACCUGUGACCCUUCGAGUGACAAACUUUGGAAACUCUGUGAAGAAUUUUAACGGUUUGCUGAUGAAAAUGAAUCAUUCCUAGGCAAGAAUGGGCUCUAUGAUCCUUAAAUGGUAAUUUUUUGGACUAGUUGAAGAAAAUGGUGAUUUUUGAAGGAAGAAGGAGUUUUUCUUAGCUGGGAUUGAACCUGGGGCCUUUAGAGUGACAAACUUUGGAAACUCUGUGAAGAAUUUGAACUUUUUGGUGAUGAAGAUGGCUUAUUCCUAAUCAAAAAUGGAACCUGUGACCCUUUAAGGGUUAUCUUUUGGACUGGUAGAAUAUAAUGAAAGAUUUGUGUGAGGAAAGGAAGAUUUUUCUCAGCCGAGAUUGAACCUGUGAUCUUUCUAGCUCGGUGGCUCUUUGAACGAUUCAUUUUUGGACUGUUAGAAAGAAAAUGAAUGAUUUUUGAGGGAAAAUGAGUUUUUUUCUUAACCGGGAUUGAACCUGUGACCCUUCGAGUGACAAACUUUGGAAAUGUGCGAAGAUUUUAAACUUGUGUUAAUGAAACUAACUCAUUCCUAGGCAGGAAUGGAACCUGAGACCCUUUGAACAAGAACUUUUUGGACUGGUUGAAGAAAAUGGUAGUUUUUCGUGGGGAAAAAGAAAUUUCUCCUGGGCCGGCAUUGAACCUGCAACCUUUCGAGUAAUGAGAUAAGGUCUUAGCCAUUAAGCUAUCUCUGAAACUUCUCAGAAACCUUUCCGAAUUAGUCAACAAAGCUCAUUGCAAUGAAUACAAUCAUUCCUUGGGAUCAUAGAAUAGACCACUUUUUUUUAUAACUGGAAACGGAACCAUCAACAUUCUUGGCCAUGAAGAGGGCCCUUAGCCACUAGGCCACAAAUUUAUAAUCCGAAUUUUCAGGAAGUGAGCAAUGAAAUUGAAAAACUUCGCGUGGAAGCCGAAGAUCAGCUUUCUGCGGCUAGAAAUGCCGUGGAGAAGGCCAAGGGCGAGGUGAUGAAUUGAUUAUUAUGACGUCACUUAUUAUAUUCGUGACGUCAUUUUAAAAAAAAUCGAAAUUUUACGAGAUUAUUAUUUUUCUUCAAUGAAAGGUAAUAGCAUAGGUAAAACUGAAAAGUUCCUUUGAGGAUCCUCAAAGGAUCCUGAGAGGGAGAUAAAAAGCUUCCUCUAAAAGCUCCUAAAAUGAUGUAAAAAAGCUUUUGAGCACCUUUUUCACAGCCUCAGAGGAUCCUUUUUGAAUCCUCUUGGAUCUUUUUAGUUGCUUUCCAGCAUCUUUUUUGUCAGAGGAUGUGAAAAAGACGCAAAAAAGAAUUGAAAUGAUGUAAAAAAGAUCUGCUGGGGACCCUUUCAAGGUCUUUUUUUGAGAAAAGCUUUUGGGGAGCUUUUCAGUUUUGCCCGAGAGAAUAGUUUGAUAGCUUACUUUCAUGAUUCAUGACGUCAUCAGUUUAAUUUUUCAGGGCUUUAUUAAAAAUCCCAUUUUUUCAGUUUUUUUCGAGUUUUUUAGGACAAAAUAUGGAGAGAUUUAUUGGAAAAUCAAGCAUUUCAGGAACUCCUUAACCUUUUCGAUGACACCCAACGAAUAAAUGCGACAAUCCUGGCGGCUCCCGAAACGAUCGAUGAGUGUAGAAAUGUCACCUUACUGUGGGUGUUCUCAAGCUUAUUUUCACUAUAUCCUUCAGAAUUGAACAUGACUUUUGCUGUCCCUAAAGCGGUGUCGACCCUGUGACCCUUUUCACCAGCUGCGCUUCUUGUCAUUAAAGAAUAUGAUCAUUGUUCAGCUACUCGCAACUGAUCGACGAGUACGACGAGGGCUACGUGCAGCCCGCGAGCCGACACGCCGCUGAACUCGCCCUAGAGGCCAAGAAAAUCGUCGACUCGUUUGCUGACACGAAACUUGUCGCUAAGGACCCACUUAAGGUGCUUUUUCGCAGCUUUUUUUUGUGGUUUGUUGGAGCGUUUUGAGUAAAGUUAGGAAGCGGAAAAAUUUCUUUUUCCGGCUAGUUUUUCAACACCCGUAAAACUCUAAAAAAAAUAAUUUUUGUGGCUAAUUUCCAGUACCCGUAAAAGGCUAGAGCAUCUUGAAUGAUUUAAAAAAAUUUUUCGCACCGGCAUUUUUCAAAGUUUGAUAGAAGGAAGCUAACUGAGAAAAUUGCCUCGGAGCGCAGAAAUUUUCACAGCUUCUUUCUGAUAAAAUUUCGCCUUUGAAUUUAAUUUUUCGAGUUUUUCAGGCCUCACACGCCUAUGAAGAAAUCCUGGAAGCGCUCAAGAAUGCCACCAACGCGGCGAAUGCGGCUGUGGUCAGUUUAUUUUUGUUUCAGAUUAUUAUGCUUUUUUCCGAAAUUCAAGUCAAAAUGUUGAUCAAAAGAUAUCUAUUCAUGAUAUGAAGUGGUGACGUUACCAAUCAAUAAAAAGUCAUUUUUUGAGCACAAUUUUAAACUUUUUCCAACCUUUUUAAGCCAUCGAAAUGUUCAAAAACUCAAAACAAAGACUAAAAGUAUUUGUAGAAUAUGAGCCGGACUUUUUAGAGAUUAAAAUUAGACUUAUCCCAUCACAGAUAUUUUUAUAUUUUGCUCUACAUCCUUUUCUUCAAACCUCUCCGUUCAAAAUAAUUUUCUUUCUUUCUUUUUCAUGCUUUUUCCUUUUUUUUUCUACUUUUUUAAUAAAUUAUCCUGUCUAAGUGUGCGAGUCUGAAAAAUUUACAGUUCGUUUUCGAAAUAAUGAAAACACUCUGUAUUUCGUUUAUUUAAAGUUCUGAAGCGCCUACGGAAUAAAUUUCUCUAAAAACUUCAUUCGCCUUCAAUUUUAUUCACUUUCUCACUCAGUGAAGCUCAUUAAGAUAUUUUUUGGCGUGAUUUUUGAGUUGUUUUUGUAUUCUCUAUCGAAUUUUUCAUUCUCAACGUGAUAUUUUAUUUUGUUUAGACUGCUGCAAACGCGGCCAGAGACAGCGUCGGAACGGCGGAAAACCCAGAGGGAGAGGUCCAGGAGAACUUGUUGGGAAAUUUGGCCGUCAUCGCCAACCAAUCCGAAGCGAUUGCUGAAGGUUUGUUGAUUUUCCAGGCUUUCAGAUUAGAAAUUUCAUUUCAAAAUGAUCAAAAGGGUACAAAAUAGAAGCCGUUUAGAAGACUUUUUAAGAUUUUCUUGGAUCUUUUAAGCUCUCGUUGAUUUGAAUAUUAUUCAGAAGCGAAAUUAUCGCUGAAAUCCUGGGAAGAUGCCAAGUUCGACGAGCAAAAGAAAGAGCUGGACGAGCGGCUCUCCGUGGUCAAUGAACAGAAAAUCGACAUGACCAAGCGGAUUUCCGUUAUUAAGAGUUAGUUAAUACAUAUCUCUUGGCGAAAAUCUUGUAAAGUCGGGCGCAAGGAAAGAAAUCUUUGCAUGUGCUCUAAGGACAGUUGAAGUUUUCCCAUAAUGAUGGUGACUAUAUGAAGGUUUUCUAAUGGCGCAAACCGGUUCAAGUCGAGAUCAUUAUUAGAAAAUUACUUUGGGGUCAGUUCAGGAUUCAAGAAGAAUUCUGAAAGUUGAAUUUUUGAACGCCAACCAGUUUCAAGUCGGGCGCACUGUUUCGCUAGAGACCCAUUUAACAGAACUUUUGAGAAUUAUAAGUAAAUUUUUAGUUGGAACCGCUCCUCAACGCGUAGUAGCCUUUCAUUUCCAACUCGGAGAUUUUUCUUUUUUUUUUCAGUAGCGUUUUUUAACCCGAAAAUUUAAGCGUUUCGAACAGUACUUAGCUCAAAAAAAGCUCAAAAUUAGCCUUUCAUUCAAGUAAUUGAUAGAAAACCGUUCUAAUGAGCUGGAUCCAUUUUAUAUCUGUAAAAAUUUUCCGAAUUUUCAGACGAAGCCUUCUCCUGGGACGACAAACACGACAGAACACACUCUGUUCUGACCAACGCCGCCAAAAGCGCCCAAGAACGGGCGAUUUCCGUCAAAAACGAGGCCGAGAGCUUGAAGGAAGAGGUUAGUGUUGAGAAAAGAGUCAUGGAAAUAGAUGAGGUCUAUAGGAAAAUAAGAAAAAUGCCUGGUUUUUCGGAAACUGUCUCCUUUGAGAAUUCAAGCCUUCAAACAUAACUGGAGACCCAAAAAUACUUGAAACUGGAACUCAAAGAAAAUAUUAUCUAACAGUAUUUUUUGAAAAUUAUACUGAUUAUUCAAAUAUUCAGGUGACGUUGAUCGCUGCUGAAGCCGAUAAGCUGCGGAAUAGUACUGGAAGCGGAAUCAAAGAAGAAAUUCAAAAGGUUUUUUUCCACCUUUAAAAUUGAAAUUCUUCGAAAUCAACGACUUGGAACGAGUUGUGAACGAGAAAAAUGCGUGUUUUUGGAGAUUCCUCAUGAAAUUCCCAUUCAUUCUAUUGAUUUUCUGGCUUCAGAACGUCUGUGUAGGUUUUUUUUACAGAUUUUUAAGAUUCUAAUAAAGAAAAAAAUGAUUAAUUUUUCGCUCUUCACUUCUGUAUAGUCUCUAGUUUAAUGCAUGAAAGUCCUACGGCCUCUUUUUUUAUUUUUAUAUGGAAAGAGACAGCCUUUUUUUAAUUUUUGUAGAGGAACUGAUCCUGCGAUCUUUCGAUUGAUAGACUGACGUCUUGGCCACUGAGCCAUGAUCAUUUUAUUCAGAAAAUAAUAUUUUGGUAGUACUCAUGAUAUUUCCAGAUUCGCGAUGCUCGACGUAGCCUCGAGGUGGCGAAACAGAGGUUGGGAAAAGUCGAAGGGACGACGUCGACGAACCGCGGCCGUGCCGACAGUAUGGCCCGUCAGAUUUCUCUUCUGAAGGACAAGAUCGAACAGGCCCGCGAGAAGGCUCAUCAGGUCUCUCAGAACGUCUCCACUGAAUCCUCAAUUCAAUCUCUUCACCUCUGAAUUUUUCCUUACCCCCUUCUCUUCCCGAUAUCAAAAAAGGGCUUUUCGAGCACCCCAGACCAAACAAUUCAGAUCCGACUCAGUCUGAACUCGGGAGAACGCGGCCUGUGCCAGCGGUCGUUCAUCUCCCCGGCGCACCCAUCUCCCGUGACGUCACUUCAGCUGCGGUUCCGCCCGCUGCAAAAAGUGCCCGACAGUGCCCUCCUCGUCACCAAGACCAAGUCGAGGCGCACCCAGGCCAGCGAGUACAUCGCCGUCGAGGUUUCUACACAUUUUCGAAACUUGUUUCAUCCUCGGUCUUCAGAUCAAAGAAAAACGCAUCGUCGUGCACUGGAACAUCGGAAGUGGCAAGAGAAAGGCCACCAACAGCCAUUCCAUCAAUUAUAUCCCCUCGACGGACCGAGUCACUUGGUAUCAUGUCGACGUGCUGAGGGUUGGCAACGCCGUCAACUUGACCGUCACCCUCAAGGAGAACGUCGAUGGAGGUGAGGACUUGAGAAGGAUUCAAUGGGGGUUCCGAGAUAUUUGGGAGUACCUCGGUAUUUUCUGGGGAAGCUUGAAUUUUUACAGAGAUUUUAUAGGCUGGUUCGGUUGGUUCGAAAGGCUCUAGAAUGGUUUAGUUCUCUCGAAAAGGCUCUUUUAAGAAUUCUAGGUAGUGUUAGAUCACCAGGCGCCCGUAGAAGGCUCAACAAAGCUUCAGAAUGUUUUUUGAUUUGCUAGGAAGUUUUGGACCCUACUAGAAGACCUCAGAGCUCCUUCUUAGUUUUUUGUGUUUUAGCUUCUGGAAGAUCUUAGGAUUUUGUAUAGCCGGUUCACUGCUGGCUUCGAAAAAAGGGUCCCGACACGACAAUGCACGAGAUAGUGCCUGGCUCGUGGAGGGCGCAGACAGGCCACGCCCCUUUAGCUUUCUAAGUUAUAUGAAGCUUUGGAAUUUUUCCAAGAAGCAGGCCUUGUUGGGAAGAUUAAGUCGCUCCUAAAAGAUUAAAUUUCCAAAAAGCUUUUAUUUUUAUUUUUGAACAGCCUUUACCACUGGCAACAGCUGCCAGGUCGCUCAUCGAUUUUCUUCAUUUUCCCCGAUUCCAGGCUUCCGACCACGUGCUGACCCUGUCAGUGUCUACGUCGGCAAACAAGAAUCGGACAACGACGUCACCUUCAACACGAUUCCUGGCGAGACGACGUUGAACGUCGGUGUCGACGAGUCGACCGCCAAGGAGAUUGGCCUUGCCACCCACAAAUUCCAUGGAAUCGUCGGCGGUCUCGCUGUCGACGACGUUCCAAUGCCGCUGUGGGCCUUCGAAACGACGACGGCGGAAUGCGAAGGAGCCAACGCGCCGCCUAGGAUCACUUCUAGAGGACAUUUGUUCAGGUGAGAACGUAGGAGAGAAUUUGAAGGUGAUUCGAUUUUUUGACGCUAUCCUGUGACUCAUUUGUUACUUGUCGCUCCUCAUGUUCAGUUUCUGAUCUCUAGUUUAUGUUUUGAUGGUCUUUCAUAGCCGAAACUGGCGUCUGACUUCACUUGAAGUCACUCUGACCUCUCCUAGUGUAGGUGUUCUGAAAAUCCUUUUUCUUGUCAGAUCUUUGAAACUAUUUUUAACGUUUUCUCGGCUCCCUUUUUCUACUUCUGAGGGCUAUUCAAGGCUCUGGAGCUUAGACUGGCUUCUGAAUCGUUUCUUGCGCUUUGACGUCAGAAAACAUCGUUCCAGAGACGGUUUCGCAAACGUGACGAUGUCAGUUUCUGAAAGAACGAUGUCCGCCAUCACGAUCACCUUUAACACCUACUCGCCCAACGGACUUCUCUACUUCCGCGGCAGCGAACAGACUGGCGACUACGUCUCCUUGUCCCUCCGUGACGGAAGAGUCGUCUUCAAGGUACGGCGCGGAUUUUCAACACGAAGACAAACUCUUCAGAUCAACCUCGGAGGCGACUCCCAAGCCGAACUGGUGUCCCAGAACGCCUACAACAACGGACUCGAGCACACGAUCAAGGCGAUCCGAACUGGUGGUGAACUCCAUCUUCAGGUUGGACAUCUCAAGCUCUAACUUGUUCAGUACCAAUGUUUAUUUUGAACAAGAUUCUUCAAGAUAACAGACCUGAGUUUGUACAUUAAUAAAGCAAUCCUUCAGGUGGACAGCGACGCCGACCGAUUCAAUACGGUGAUCCCUGGCGAGAACACGGCGUUAAACAUCGACAACGAGCAGCACUACGUAGCCGGCGUGCCGACGUCGUUGAACUUGGGACGAUUCGUCGGCUCUGAAGACGUCGCUUGGCGAGGAUUCGUCGGCUGCGUCUUGAGCGUCAAGCCGUCGCAAGUCGGCGAGCUCGACCUCGACCAUCCUGAGCACUCUCAACGUCGAGAGCCCGGCUGCCGAUUUGCCGCCACCAAAUUGGUUCCGUCUGGUCAGUUAUGGCGCUUCUAGUGAUUGCAAAGUCAUUGAAAGACAAAAUGAAAUUUUUUCGUGUCGAGUGGUUCGCCAAUGACGUCAUGAAGCUUGGAAAAAUGUCUUGGAGUUUCUAGCAAAAGUUUGAAUGACAACGAAUCGAUAACCCGAGGCUGAUCUCGCUUUUUUAUGAAUUCGUGACGUCAUCGUCAUCCAUUGGCUGGGAAUAUAUUUGUCAUAACUUAUCCGAUCACAUGACGAAAUUGAAUAGCUUUUUUGACUGGAAGGGAGGAAAAAAUGAUCGAAAUUUAUUUAUUCAGAUCGUCUCAUCGGAUUCCCCCGUGCCGGCUUCUUCCUGACCCAAGGAAUCGUCCUCGACAAUAAUUCAUCGUAAUUUUCCCUUUUUCCUUUUUAAUAGUUUCAUCAAGUUAACUAUGCUGUUCAUCUUAUUGAUUAAUAAUUGGUUAUUUAAAGGUUCGGUUUCUCGUUCCGCUCUCGUGAGGAGAACGGAACACUAGCGUUCCAAUCGUCCAAAUUGAGCAGCUUCCGACGGGCUCAGCGUGACGUCAGCGAUGGGAAGGUAUUGCUCAGCGUUGCUCAUUUUAGAUAACCCAUUUUAGGGUCACUUUUCAUCCUUUUGGGAGUUUUCCAUAAGUUGGACACAAAUUAUUGGGAUAUAAAAAUCUUCUUUCUAAUGAUUGCAAUGAUAAAAUUAGUGUGCAGAAAUAGAAAAAAAGUUAUUUUUCCCAGGGCUACAUGGCGUUCUACCUGUUCCGCGGCUAUCUAGUCCUGCACCUUGGCAAAGACGCUUCUUCAAGAAAAGAGGUACCUUUUUAUUUUAGUGAUUCUAGUAGUUUUUAGUGGCCACUAUAGAGGCUCGCCAAGGACUACUUGGAGAGGACACUAAAGUGGCCACUAAACCCACCGCUAUAGUGGCCACUAUUUUCCGUUUUAGUAGCCACUACAGAGGUUCUCUAUUUAGUGGUUACUCCAGUAGUUUUACAUCCAAUAUUCCUUCCAACAACUCUGAUAAAUUUAAAACAAACACAUUGGACCAGUUAUGUUGUUCCAUUGACCCCUAAAGUGGCCACUAAAAUUUUUAGUGGUCUAGUAGUAGCGCUUAAACCUCUAUAGUGUCCAAGUGACCACUAAUUUGACUACUAUAGUGGCCACUAAAACGUUAAAACCCUAUAGUGGCCACUAAAAAUUUUCCCAGUUCGUCACAAAAAAUUUACUAAAAAAAAGGGCUGAAAUUUUAAAAAGAAUUCGUAAUUUUCAAAAAUUGGUUUCUUUUUGAAAUAUUGCACCAACCUGAAAAUCACUAUAAGGCUUCAAAGAAUGUAUUUUACGGUUUUUCCAGGUCGUGACAUUCCGAUCCACUCAGACGUUCAAUGACGGUCAGAUGCACAGCGUUUUCAUGACGAGAGAAGGCAAAAAGUUGGAUUUUACAGUAACCCAGUGAUACGGUACCUCCAUUACAGUAUCCGGCUUCGAGUCGACGACAAAGAAAUCGGAGAAGCACAGAAACUCGAAGACGAAUCUUCUAUUGGCUCGGCGACUAGCCAAAUGAUCCUUGGAGGUUUAUUUUCCGUAAUUCUUAAGGUUACUGUAUUUUUUUGGUGGACUGAAAGUCGAAAAAUAACGUUAUCAAGACGAGUUUUUCCAAAAAAUUCGAAAUCCCACUUCGAAAAAUGUGAAAAUUACUUUUUUUCAUGCGCCGCGUGCUGAGAGACAGCUAUGCGCGCAGGCCGGCGCGAGUCGGUUGCACCAAAAUGCAGGGGUCUCACCCUUCUCAUUGACGGCAACUCUGGUUCCUUUGCAUUUGACCGAGAAAAUCUUUCGCCUUUUACUAAAGAUUUCCGUGCAAAGGGGCAAUUUUAUGAGUAUUGCCCAAUUUUUGGAAUCCCCUCGAAAGAGCGGGAUAAAAAUAAAUUUACAAAAAGUGUUCGCAUUUUAAAGAUUAGAUCAAGCAGGCCUAAUCCACGUCAUGAUCAAUGGAAAGAAGUACCAAUAAGUUUUGCUGUCAAAAAUCACUUCAAAAAAUCUUUUCAGCCGUUUUAAUAAUAAUAGGUUUAUUCACUGCAUACUGUUAGAAAAUAAUAAAUAAAAUAGUUCAGAAUACGAAAGCAGCAGAAUAACCAAAACGGGAAUUAGUCCACCCUAACGAGUAGACUAUGACCCGGGGAUAGAAAGGAAGUCAGAGCAAACGGGAAGGAAUGGAUUCGAAAAAAAGGCAGAGUUAGGGAGAUCAUUAAGUUUAACCCGUAGCGCAUCCGUAGAGACGUUAAAAUUUAUUCUAGAGGUAAGUUUAUUCCAUAAUGGAAUAGUUUUGGAAAAAUCUUUAGAGAACUGACCGGAAGUGCGAAGUCGAAGUGGAUUCCUCUGUAAAGGAGAAAUAGUGAAGAAGUCAUUGCGAUUGAGAAAAUGGUCAGAGCCGCAAAUUAUUUUAUGAAGAGAAAUAACGUCGUUAAUACAACGACGUACAAAGAGAGGUUUAAAGCCAAAUUGGCUGAGACGAUCAGAAUAAGAACUGAAGCGAACAUUGCAUCUUAUAAAAACUUUUCUACUGAAUUGGCGUAGAGAAGACUCGAGUUUGAAGCAUUCCUCGGACGAGAUAGAGGGAGAAAAGAUUUCACUACAAUAUUCGAGAAUAGGCGUCACGUAGGUUUGAAACAUUCUGAGGUAGCGCAGGGGGAAGAAAACUUAAAGGUAUUUAGUAUUUGAUUAGACCGUAAUGUAGCAAAGGCAGAGAUACGGGAAAUAUGGUCUUUGAAGGAGAGCUUCUCAUCAAUUUGAAGGCCUAGAUCACGAACAAUUGAUCUUUGUGGGAUUUGAAAUUGAUCAAGAAAAUAGACCGUUUGAGGAUUGUUAGAGCCAAAGUGAAGAGAAAAAGUCUUUUCAACAGCAAGUGGAAGAGACCAAAGUUCUGACCAUUGGAAAAUACCAUUUAUGCUUCUUUGAAGCGAAUCAGGGCAAGAGCUAUAAACCUUGAGGUCAUCAGCAAAGAUAGAGAUCGAGGAUUGAGGAUCAAUAAAAUUUUCAAUAUCAUUGAUGAAAACGAGAAAGAGAAGGGGGCCGCUGACCGUCCCUUGAAGUACACCCGAAGGAUUAGAAAAAGAAUUGUUAGAAAACGAGUUGUUAACUUUUACAAUGGAGGAACGGUUAGAUAAAAAAUUGGAGAACCAGCGACAGAGAGUAUCAUUAAAGCCGAAAUUGGACAUCUUUAGGCGUAAAAAGGUUAUGAUCUACUUUAUCGAAGGCUUUGGAAAAAUCGAAAUAAACAGCAUCGAUAGGAAGAUUAGAUGCCAAGGAUUUUUGAAUGGAGGAAAGGGAGCUGAUUAGAGAAAGUUUGCAUGACCUACGAUUGAGAAAGCCGAAUUGGAAUUGAGAGAACUUUUCAGAAAAACGAGAUCUUAUCAUUUGAGUAAUGAUGCGUUCAAAUACACGAGAAAUUGGAUGAGUGAGAGAUAUGGGGCGAAAGUUAUUUGGAUCAGAAAGACUACCUUUUUUAUGCACAGGAAUAACUAUAGUAGACUUAAAUAAUGAAGGAGUGAUACCGGUUAGAUAAGGUUCCUGGAAAAUAAUAGAAAGUGAGAAAAUAAUAGAAAGUGAGAAAAUAAUAGAAAGUGUUUUCACGUUUCCUAGAGUUAAUCAUGCCACUCGGCGUAAGCCGCUGCGAGUCGGGGGCAGCCAAACACGGGGCCUCUGUUCAUGUCCAGAAAAUAUCAACUCUGGUUCCUUUGCAUUUGACCGAGAAAAUCUUUCGCCUUUUACUAAAGAUUUCCGUGCAAAGGGGCAAUUUUAUGAGUAUUGCCCAUUUUUUGGAUUCCCCUCGAGAGAGCGGGACAUAUGAUGAAUAUUAUAGUCUGUUCAGAUUUUGAAUGUCAAGCAGCUAACUCCACCCCCAAGGCUACAAUAUCUUUCGCGUCAAUGUUUUACCUACAGAUCACGAUGACCCUUUAAUAAGGCUGCAUUUUUGACUUCUUUUUCUAUCUUUUAGAUCAAAAAAGAUCAAAAUUAGUCUCGCGCGUUGAAACAUCGACGCGAAAGGGUACCGUCUCGGCAGGGGCGGAGUUAGCUGCUUGACAUUUAAAAUCUGAACAGACUAUAGUUGAAACUUGGAGAUCUCUAUAAAAAACGGAUUCGGAAAUUCAUGAAAAAAUAUAUUCCUAUUGUUUUUGGUUUACAGAGAAAUCGAUUUGUGUGCAUUCUAUCGAAUCGAAUAAGUUUUUUUUUUCCAAUAUUUAUAACGAAAAUCGAUAUAAACUCUACAAGGUCAUUUUAAAAAAUUCAUAAGUUAUUGAUUUACAGGUUUCAAUGACCGUUUGAAGCCGCCAAACAACGAGAUUCCACUGACGGCUCCCUUCAUUGGCUGCAUUUUUUUGACGUUUUUCCACAACUAUCGGUGAUUUUUUUAAAAUUUUGUGAAUCAAAUAUGUUCUGAAAGAGAGAUAUAUGCUUAAAAACUCAUAAGAAUGUUUUUUUGAACAAAAAAACCAACUUUUCAAUUUUUUUCAGUCGAGUCCCAUUGAUUCCUGAAGACCACGACGCUCAAAUUGGCGUUUGUCCAAUGGACAACUCAGCUGGAAUCGUUCCAAUCGGUAAUUUCCCUUCAUAAAAAAAUGUUUUCAUCUUCAAAUCAAUCCUAUAAAUAAAACAGACGACCCAUUGGACGGCGAAGGACACAAAGGCAACCGGAAAGCGUCGAAAAUCACGUUAGAUCAUGGCGCCCAUAGGAAUUACUACGGUAGACUUGAUUGCGUUUUUCAUUUACUGCACGCACGGCUUUCACACUACUAACGAAGUAAUUGAUUUAUUGCAUGCAAUUUAACGGAAGAAACCUGAAUAAGCCAAAAAAAACGAGCAUUCGGAACUUCUAUACGACUACUUUUCUCAAAAAAACGAUACACAUAGAUUUUUUUGCGUUUCCAGGUUACUGUAUUCCUUAGUGGUGUACGCACCGCCACGCAUUAUCGACCGAUAUUUAUGAAUCUUCCUUUUGUCAUCAUUUCAUUAUUCAUUAUUCUUCGAUUUUUUUUUUCUAUUUCGGCUCAGGAAAAAUUAAAAUUAGAAAAAAAUUAGUUUUUCCAGUACAGUUAUUGUUUUUAAACCAAAACUCGGGCGUUUUUCGUUUGAAAAAUAGAAAAAGUUCAUUAUUUGGUUCAGUCGGCUUUCUGUAUUACUAAUUUGUGCACGCACCGCUACGCAUCAUAGACCGACUUUCGAGAAAAAUUUUUUUGUCUUUUUUCUUGCUUUUUCUCCUUUUUCCUGAUAUUAAUCGGUUUUUUCCAACUUCAAAUUGAAAUCGGGAUUUUCCAGUUUUUGCAACAGAUUCAGGUCAACGUAAAGUCAACGAAAGUGAUCAAAUUUUUUGAGAAAAAAAAAGAGGAAAAAUUUCAUCUUGGCUGUACCUGUGCACACACCGUCACGUAUCGAUAACCGAUUUUCAGGGAAAAAAAAAUUAGAAGUGCAGCAAAAAAGAAACAAUAACUUUUUUUUUGGUCUCAACAAACUUUUCAUCACUAAUAAUUUGGCACUGUUCAUCGUUUUUAUGACCAUUUAUUUUUAAUCAGAAAAUUAUUUUUUAGACGUGAGCCCGACGCAGGAUUUAACCCAAGCGAAAAAUAAGCCUUCAAUCUCGACGAAUAGAUAUUCCACGGUUAGUUUAAUGAUUUUUUGAUUCAAUUCGAUUUUAGUUUUAUUUUUUUAAAUGCAGCAGUGUAAUGGAAUUUCUUAUCUAUUUACAGUGUGGCGGAGGCUUCACAGGGGCAAACCGUGAUGGGUCGGGCGCAGCCAGAUUCGGCGUUUCGCGAUCUUCCCAUAGUCGGAUUAACUUCGGAGCGCCAUUCCCCAAUGUUACAAGGUUUUUUGAAAUUAAAUCUAUUUUAUUAAUUUGAAUUCUCAGUCUGAAAGUGUCGAUGUCGCUACGGACGGAACAGGCAAACGGAAUGGUUUGGGUGUGGGCGAAUUAUAAAAAUUACACUCGAUAUUUCUACCUCAAUAUUAUUGAUGGUUUUGCAACGAUCGAGGUAUUUUUAAUUGAUAAUUUUAAUCAAUAACUUUUUUGCCAGGUGAAAGGCCACAAACAGCCGAAAAUCCUGAAGGCCUUGGACCGACGCAUAAACGAUGGUCAAUGGCAUGACGUCAUCAUAGAAAAGCUAGACCGUGUUCUGAAGCUCACGGUAGGUUUUAGUCGGACUGUGCUCCCGAAGAAAUGAGGAAAAAUAAUGAUAACCGUGUUUUCAGAUCGAUGAGCUGCCAGCCGUGGAAAUGCCCGAUUGCCCAGCUCCAAAGGUACCGAGAUUCAUCUCAUUUUUCUCCAGAGCUCAUUUUUUUCAGGUUAUGCGACGCCGGAUGUACAUUGGCGGCGUCAUCUCGAAGCAUCGGUCGCAGUUUGCGCUCGACACGCCUGGAUUCGACGGCUGCAUCCGCGACCUCAAUGUAGGGAUAGUUGGGUCUAAUAUUGGGCAAAGUUGGAAAAGAGGUUCAAAAAAGGCCGCUGAAAGGCAGCAAAGCUCUUUAUCGAGCCCUCCAUUUUUUUUUUUCUGGGACCUUAACACGCUGUCUCUGUAACUGUCAAAAACAACGGAUACAAAAAGAAUUUUAUUUUUUGAUUCUGAUGAAACAUUAUCCAGUGUGAUAACCCAUCAUCCGGUCGCAACUUUUUGAGCCAUUUCCUCUUACUGUAGCCGGGUUACGGUAGGCAGGUGGGCACCUGCGUAUCUAAGUAUUGAAGAGUUUUUACUAGACAAAUGAUAUAUCAUUCGAUAGGUAAUCCAAUUUCAGGAACUUUCACAGUACAUACCAUCUUGGUUUACUGUAGGAAUUUUCGAGUUACGGUAAUUUUGUGUUAGGAAAGUCCGUUUUUUUUGGUUACCCUGGUCGUCGGCAUAAAAUCGCAUCGUAAUUACUUUCAAGGAAUAUGUCCUUCAGUAUGCUUUACAUGAUGCCACAAAAAAAAGUUCGAUUUUCUAAACCUGUCAUUUUGAGAUUUCCCUCCGAACGCAUGCAACUUGGCACUUCGCGGCGAGGGUUCGUCGUGGUUGACGGUUUUUCACAUUUUUCUUUUGUUGUCGCGAAAUCUCCAAAUGACGGGUUUAGAAAUUCGAAUUUUUUAAGGAAUUGUUCAGACCAUACUACUAGACAUAUUACAUGAAAGUGAUUACGAUGCCAUUCUACGCCGACGGCCAGGGUGACCAAAAAACCGACUUUCCAAACACAAUAACUACCGUUACUCGAAAAUUCCUACAGUAAUCCAAGAUGGUAUGUACUGUAAAAGUUCCUGAAAUUGGAUUACCUAUCGAUUGAAAUAUCACUUACCUAAUAAAAACUCUUCAAUACUGAGAUACGCAGGUGCCCACCUGCCUACCGUAACCCUGCUACAGUAAGAGGAAAUGGCUCAAAAAGCACUCCUGAUGAUGGGUUAUCACACUGGAUGAAGUUUCAUCAGAAUCAAAAAAUAAAAUUUUUUAUUGUGCUCGUUUUUUUUGACAGUUACAGAGACAGCGUGUUAAAGGCUUAAGAAAUGGCGAAUGGCCGCGAAAAGGCAGCAAAAAAGGAACCAUUUUCAGCCUGAAACCCACCCUUUCUCGCCUUUCUAUGGAGCCUUUUUCCACCCUUUCCGGCUGUGCCCAUGAUGGGGAUCCAGAAGCUCUUAGGCUCCCAAAAACACUAGAAUUUUCAUUAAACAUUACAUUUUGCUUUAAAUAUUUUUUUGUCCUUUAAAAAAAUCAAAUUCCUUCAUAACUUCUCAGGACCUUAGAUUAGAACCCCCCUCCCUUCCCCCCUAUUUUUUUCUUUUGAAAGCCCAGAUCUUUUUUUCUAGUUAAUGGAAAGCUUGUAAAAUACCCUAAAUGUUGACAGGUAAAUGGAAAGGUCUACCAACUGGAAGGCGACUCCUCGAGAGAUUUGAUUCCUUGCUCGAAACCUAGCAAAGGCGGAUACUCCCACGAAGGCGGAUUUGCUGUUUUCGGCGAGUUUCAUCGGAAUUUCAGAAAAUAUUAAUUUCUUCCAGAAGGAGUUCAAAAACUGUCCAAAGAUGGAGCCCGAGGCAUCGACAUUUCGCUGGAAUUCCGACCAACUUCGAGUGAAGGCGUCGUUCUCGCUUUAUUAUCCAACUCCAAUCCUGAAUCUACACGAUUGACUGUGGAAAUCAAGCAGGACAAGGUUCGUUUUGUGAUCAUUUUUUGGUUUUUCGUAAAAAAAAAAUUACUUGCAUGAAAUAAUGUGAUUUAGCAUUGAUUUUUGAAUGAGACUGAACUUUUUUCAAGAUUUUGAACUUCUCCGAUUCACCACGCCUUUUUAGGCCGUUGGCUGUACUUAGGAACUGCAGAUUGCUCCCUAUAGGGACAACCUUUGGGCCCUUGAAAAUUCCCCUCUAGGGGCCACUUUAUGAGCCCUAUAGGUGCCACUAAAGCUUGCAAAAUAUGAUCACUAUAAAGUUUUAAUAAGUGGUCCCUACAGGGUCAUGCUUGUCGAUAAUAGAAAUAAACUCUAAGCGAAGGAAUAAAUAAGCGUUUUUGGAUAAAAUUAAAAGACCCCUAUAGGGACCACUCGAGCUUGAGAGGCUAAGGGUUCAGACUCUAAACCUCUAUAGGAUCUAUCUUAAUUUUACCUUCAUAGGGACCACUUUUUCGGCCCCUAUGGAGGUCAUUUUCCUCCUAACGCCUAUAGGGACCACUCUGGAGUUUUUAAGUUUUACGGUAUUUUAGAUAGGUUUUUUUUCGGUAAAAAGAGGAAAUUCUGUGCUCUUUUUGUGACGUGGCUUAUCUUGUAACUUUGAUAAUUAGCUUCUUAAGAAAGUGCAACGAUUCCUGGCUCCGAAACUGACGGCGCAAUAUUGCCUGGCAAACUGCUCGUCAUAAGAUAUUUUUAAGGUUCUGGUCACGGUUAUCCACGAAGCGACAGGGCUCGAGAUUCGCGACGCGAUUCCCGCUCUUCGCAAUUUCUGCGAUGGCGAAUGGCACAAGUUGAAUAUCCGUCUCGAGGGCGCAGUUCUCACCCUCAAUGUUGAUGAUGUGAGUUUUUUUGGUCAUGGUUUUUAGUUAUUUCGUUCCUUCAAAAAUAAUGAUGAAUUAUUCCCAGGAGAAGAACAAAAUGCCCGUGGACAUGCUGACCUCUGCUGCCCGCGAGCUGCUGCUCAACCUCCCGGUCAACGUAGCUGGCGUUUCAGGUACCUUUUUGAUCCCAUUUUCACCUUGAGUGACGUCAUCUUCCGACAAAAUGGUCUCCUUUUUCAGCCCCAGUCGCCGAAAAACUGUCUCUCUCGUCGCUCACCGGCUGCUACCGCCACCUGGAAUUUCUUCGGCAAGCCGAAGUUCUUCGAAUCUGCUGUCAAACGAAACAAAAUCCUCGUCGACUCGUGUCCCUUUGCUUAACUUGUAGUUUUGUUAUGUCUUGUGCGAUUUUCCAUGAAAAUAAAUUUAUGACGUAA